ACUCUGACCCCCAGACCAUCAUGUGCAGCCUAUGACUGAAGUGUCUGUUAAACCCGGGAACGCGAUUCAAAAUUGAGUUGUGCUACAUCAUCGUAUCUCUGCGGUCCUGACUCCCAUUUUCUAAGAGUGAGCUCCACGUUUUCGGUCAUUUGGAUGAAGGUUUGACUAUGGGCGGGGAGGGCGCCGGUAGAUCAAACGGAGAGAUCCGGUCAGAGUGGCGGCCUGAACGACCACUGAGAGCCGAGGCGCGGACAGAGAGAGCGAGAUCGAGGGAAACAGAGUGAGAGAGGGCUCCAGAGUACCACAGUCACUUAAAGGACGGUUUCACUUGUCCCCUUGGCGCCUCUGACAACCUCCUGCACAAAUAAAUUAAUUAAACGAUACGACACCCAAUGUAGACGGAUUCAAAGUAAUAUCUAUAGGGGCUGAAUGAAGCGAUAAGCAAAGGUGGGUACCGUUUAUUAUCACUCAACUCAACCGUGGAGUGUUUUUGAGGAGAGGAUGCAGGAUGGGCGACCGGGUGGACGCGGCGUUUAAGACUACUGGAUCAAAGCUGCUCCUGCCUGUCAGUGAAUUCUUCGGGUUUCCUCUCGAUCAAGUCAACUUUUUAGCCUGUCAGGUGUUUGCUCUUGCGGCUGCCUUCUGGUUCCGUCUCUACCUCGGGCCCCGCCACGCCAGUCCCCUGCUCAGGCAUGCCGUGGCUAUACUGUUUGGCGUUGCCUUUGUCAUCUUCUGCUUUGGCUGGUAUUCAGUCCAUAUAGUAAUCCUCGUUAUGCUGAGCUACACGGUCAUCAUCACAUCGGACAUCAGUAACGUACACCGGUAUUCACUGGUGUUGUCUAUGGGCUAUCUGACUGUGUGCCAAAUCAGCAGAGUCUUCAUCUACAACUAUGGGAUAUUGUCCACAGACUUCUCUGGGCCUCUUAUGAUAGUCACCCAGAAGAUCACCACUCUGGCUUUCCAGUUGCAUGAUGGUAUUGGCAAGAAGCCAGAAGAACUAACCUUGGAUCAGAAGCGACUGGCUCUUAUCCAGCGGCCGGCUCUGGUGGAGUACCUGAGCUACAACCUGAACUUCCUCAGCGUGCUGGUGGGGCCCUGCAGCAACUACCAGGACUACGUGGACUUCAUAGAGGGCCGACACAUCCACAGGAGGCUCAGGCAGCAGGCCGAGGGGGCGGGCAACGGCCACCUCAACGGCUCCGACCAGAGCCCCGACCUCUCCCCUCUGGGGGCAGUGUGUUCCAAGCUGCUGCUGUGCGGUGGCUGCAUGCUCUUCUUCCUCACCGUCACCCGCUCGCUGCCCAUCAUGCACAACGUGGACCCCCACUUCAUCAGCCACGCCCCCUUCCUCACCAGACUCGUCUACGCCUUCUUCUCAAUACAGGCGGCCAGGCCCAAGUUCUACUUCGCCUGGACGCUAGCCGAUGCCAUCAACAAUGCGGCAGGGUACGGUUUCAAGGGGAUGGAUGCCAACGGAAAGCCUUCCUGGGACCUGAUCUGCAAUCUCAACAUCUGGGGAAUUGAGACCGCUACAAGCUUUAAGACAUUCAUAGACAACUGGAAUAUUCAAACCGGAGUCUGGCUCAAAUCUGUGUGCUACGACCGAGCUCCUCACCAUCCCAUGGCGAUGACCUUUGUCCUUUCGGCGCUGUGGCACGGAGUGUAUCCCGGGUACUACUUCACCUUCAUCACGGCCAUCCCCAUCACUGCAGCCGCGAGGGCCGUGCGCCGGUGUGUCCGGCACCACUUCCUGUGCUCCAGAGGUGUGAAGCUGCUUUAUGACAUCAUGACCUGGGCGGCCACCCAGCUAGCCAUCUGCUACACAGUCAUGCCCUUCCUACUGCUGGCAGUGGAGCCCACCGUGGUUUAUUACAGGUCCAUGUUCUUCCACGUCCACCUCAUCAGCAUGCUGGUGGCGAUCGCCCUGCAUUCAAAACACACACCGGCCCCCAGACCACCACCCUCUUCCUCCAGCGCCCCCUUCCCCCUAUCACCCUAUCCGUCCCACUGCCAGGACCCUCAUUCAAACAACAACCUCAAGGCAGAAUGAAUUCCCCCACCCACCACAACCACCACCACCACCACUGCCCCCACCACUGCCCCUCUCUGCCUCCCCAAACAGGGACCCCAGAGGUCCCCUCUUGGCAAACACAAACCCCUUCCCCAUGAGAACUUGGGGAAGAAGAAGGGCUCUUCUGUGACCCGACACCACUGGGGAAUGUGCUUGGGAAGCAUCGCUGUAACCAUUACUUGAAAUGACGGAAAUGUUAAGAAUGGCAGACGUUGCAGUCUGAUAGUAGGGAUUCCAGCUUGAGUGCUUCGAAUGUGCCGCUAAUGUGCAACAAAUGUUCGUCGGGGAGCACACGCCGGCUCUGUUUCCCAGCAUCCUCUUGGGGUUGAGCUUACCGAUGGCGUUAAGGGUACAGCUUUUUUUUCCAAAUAUGGUGCGUUUUGUUCACAUAAAAGAAGGGCGAAUUCACCUACAAUACCACUUUUGUUACGGUUGACGUCUAUGCCAAGGGCCAGUCUGUUGUAGUACAUUUCCUACUGUAGUCCAUCCUAAGUGAACUCCUUUCAUUUUGUAGUCCAUCCUAGCUCCUGUCCAUUUCUGCUGCCAAUCCAUAUUGCAGUCAAUUUUCUACUGUAGUCCACAACUUACUAUAGUCCAUUCCCUACUUUAGUCCAUUCCUAAUGUAGUUCAUCCAUAUUGGAGUAAAUUCCCUCCUGUAGUCCAUUCCCUCCUGUAGUACUGUAGUAGGAAAUGGACUACAGUACAUCGCUCUACAUGCCAGCCCAUUCGAAAGGACAAUGGGACAAUGCGAAGACCUCUCUCUACUGCUGCUACUUGCUCUUCUAUGAGUUGGGCGCUACACAGAAUAGUGUCUGACAUUAACUUAUGAAUACACAAUGGUACGCACACACACACACACGCACACACACACACACACCACAACACACCAUGAACUCAAAAGACCAUACACCCGGGCGAGUGCAUGCAUAAAUUGCCCCUGCCAACAACAAAAACAAAAACACACACAGAGGAAGACACACACACACGCUUUGUGCGACUGAACAAAAAGGACUUGCACAGAAGAGGGAGACGAGGCUGUUUGUCUGCCUCCACUCGCCCCUGGUGUGCGUUUGCGUCAUCCGUGUGUGAGCUAGUCUAGCACAGACGUCCCUCGACGCCCCCCCCCCACAGCAUACUCUCCCGGCUCAAGCCUCCCAGACUACUAACAGCCGCCCUUAUAGACCUCUGAGGCUCCGGUUCCCUCGGUCAAAUGUCUAUGGGAAAUAACAUGGGGUUCUUGAAUGAUCGUACAUAACAAACUCUGUAGGUGGCGAAGAAGUAAAAGCUGCGUCACGUUUGACCGAGGGAGCCGGAGCCUCGGAGGCGGGACUUAUUCCUCAGAGGUGCAUAAAGAGACACUCCUGCCUCCCAUUGGCUGUGGCCUCUGGCGGCUAGGGGUCAGUCACCAGGUUAACACAGGUGUAUCUCAUCAUAUAAUUAUUCAAUAUACCGCAUCUUAUUAAUUAGCGGUGUGUUCCCACCAAGUGAGCUGGCCAAUCACCAGCAGACACAAGUGAAGAAGCUGCAUGUUGUUCAACUUAAUGGAAAAAAAUAGGGGUGGAAUGGUUCACAAAAUUCACGGUUCGGUUCAUAUCACGGUUUUGGGGCCAUGGUUUUGGCCAUUUUUUUGACGGAUACAACAAACCCAUGAGUUGUUAAUACACUCCUGGUUCAGCCAACUAACAGCUGAUUGCUGAUGAGGGUUCUCAGUGUAACUGUGGGUGUAAUCUGGUGUGUGACUGGUGGAUAAGAGAAGGAAAGGAGAGGACAGCGCACGCUCUCUGAGGAAGGGAUUGAAUGCCACCAUGGUUAUUAAUGAUAGAAAAUCAUGUUUUAAAACUCAGAAGACUACAGUAGAGUUAAUGAGACGGACUGUAAACUGAUGCUUGUGCCAAUCAGGAGCGCUAUGACCUCCGCUCAAAUUAGGUUACAAGACGUUGUAACCAAAUGUUACAACGUUACAAGAAACUAUACACGUGUUUAUUGUUUGACGGAAUGCUACGCGUCAAAUGUGUCAUAUAAAAAACGAGGAAAAAUUGAAAUGUUGUCAGUGACCAGCACUGGAUCAUUUGAUAGGAUGUAUGUUUUAAGCUCAGAGAUGCAUACUCGUCUGCACAACUUAUGGUUUGAAAUGUUUGUUGAGUGGUUCAGCUUAGUGUCCGGCACAUUGAGCUUUGUGUUUAUGAGUUGGUGACGAACUGUGAGUGAACAGAACCAUUCAACAGGGCCUUGACUAAUAACUGAUGCGAGUUUUGAGGAUAUGCAGCUAUUUUAACUUAACACCUUUUUUUUUAAAAUUGAAGAUUAAUAUUUUUGUAUGUUCAUGCUGAUAGGUUUAAUACGAAUGUGGAUUUAAAUGUUUAGAACUGUAUCUAAUAAUGUCUAAUAAAGUUGAAUAUGUUCAUCAAAAUCAAAUUGUCCUCGAGGCCCCCGAGGGCCAAAGAGUCCUCCACGAUGGGGGAUGAAAAAAUGCAAAAAUAAAAGGAAAAAUGCU